ACUGCCUUGAUAAUUCUGUGAGCCAACAAAAGGAAACACUUUACUGAGUGAAAAAGGAAGACAUAAAAUGCUGAUGGUGCAGUGCAGCUGGUCUCAGGAGAGGAUGAAAAAGCCUGAUCACCUUGUCUAUAAAAACAAGGAUCCCAGAUAGAAGCAGUUGUCAUUCUGCUGAGUGACCCCCUCAACCCCUCUGUCUCUAAAAUGGACAUCAGGGACGAAAACAAUCAUAUUUCAGAGACAAUGCAGUCGGAAGAAGCGUCUUCCCCUCCUGAAGAUGCAGCAGUUGACAUUCUGGGGCAAACAUCCUACACACUGCCUCCCCCUCCUUUCCCCGCUGGGACACCUGCUCCCCCUCAGCCAGCAUCAGAUCCUCAGACUGGAGGAUUUAUUAGCAACAUCCUCCCAGAACCAGCUCCUCGUGUGUAUCAGCAACUGGUUCCACUCAUGGGCUCAGCACCAGCUCACCUCUACAGUCAGCCAGGGACAGAUAGGCAGGGACAGCUGAGACACCCAGAGGGUAAUGUGCCCGGGAUUCCAGAAAACAAGAGGCAGUACGUGCGUCCUGCUGGAGAACUGCACGGUGUCCCAUUCUGGGAAUUUGUCACUCCUCCUCCCCCAUCCAACCCUCCACUUCGCCCUCCUUUCCCCACUGGAGCACCCGCACCCCCUCAGUCAGCAUUAGAUCCUCGGAUUGGAGGAUUUCUUAGCCACACCCUCCUGGAAACAGCUCCUCCUGUGUCUCAGCAGCUGGUUCCUCUCAUGGUCACUAACACCGCCACAGUGCCAGCUCACCUCUACAGUCAGCCAGGGACAGAUAGGCAGGGACUGCUGAGACACCCAGAGGGUAAUGUGCCCGGGAUUCCAGAAAACAUGAGGCAGUAUGUGCGUCCUGCUGGAGAACUGCACGGUGUGCCAUUCUGGGAUUUUGUCACUCCUCCUCCCCCAUCCAACCCUCCACUUCUCCCUCCUUUCCUCACUGGAGCACCCGCACCCCCUCAGUCAGCAUUAGAUCCUCGGACUGGAGGAUUUCCAAAAAAUAGGAAAUGUGAAGCCAAACAGGAUGAGGACCGGCUGUACAUAAAGAAACCACCAAACGCCUUCAUGAUUUACCUGAAGGAGCAGAGGCCAAAGGUGAUGGCGGAACUGAACCUAACUGGCAGUGCAGCCAUAAAUGCAGUUGUGGGAAAGAGGUGGAGGGCUCUCUCAAAAGACCAACAAGCAAAAUAUUUUGAUCAGGCUGAAACGGAGAGUUGCCGUCACGCCACAGAGCAUCCAGACUGGUCCACCAAAGAAAACUAUGGCAAAAAGAGGAAGAGAACACGAAAUCGCACCUCAAGCACAGCAUCUGAACCUAAACAGGAAGCCCAACAGGCCAAGAGGCUUUGUGUGAUGCCAGCUCAGACACAGCCAUCUUCUUCCUCUUCAGUUGCGAAGGAGCCUCUCGAGCAGCCACAGAGACAGCCAACUGUUACCAACCUGCGUUAUCAGCAGUCAGCGUGUGUGCAACUGCAGAACACACAGACAGCAGCUGAUGCGCCUGUGUGUCAAGUAAAUCCGGUCCUCCCAGCUUCUCGUAUAGAUUUCUCCCCAUCUGCAUCACUGGCCUCCUCUGCUGCACCCAUUCAGCUCCAGAAAGACGCCCCUUUUGUCAGUGACACUGAUGAAGCACUGCUGUCAGUGGUAGAACAGCUUGACCUCCUCCUCACUUCUGAGCAGUUUCAGCAGCCCUCCUCUCCACUCAUUGGUCCUCAGUUAAAUCAGACCAGCCUUGCUUCUCCUGUAUAUUCUGCUUUAUCCACAUUAUGUGCCUCCCCUGACACAUUCUUUGAAAACCAAAAAGAGCCUAUUGGUUUCGCUGACAUUCAGGAUGACAUGUGGUCAAUCCUCCCUGUCACUCCACAGCCUGAUACACUCUCCUGUUCUAAUACUCCUAAAUAUAGUCCGAACAGCCCUGCUUCUCUGGAGAAUUCCUCUCCAUCUAUAUUGCUGGACUCCUCUGUUGCGCCCACUGAAUGCCAGCCAGUGUCUCCCUUCAGCGAAACUGAAAAAAAUAUGAUGUCACUACUUAACGACCUCAAACUUGGGCCCUUUGCACAGCCUCUACAGCCCUCCUCUCCUCAAGCUGACUGGUCCUCACCAGAAUCAGAUCAGUCCUUCACCCCCCAAACCACGGCUACCUUCAUACACUCUAUUGAAGAAGGUCUUAGCUCACUGCUUAAUUUGCUUGAGGUUCCACCCUUUUUUGCAGAGCCUCAACAGUCCUGCAGCUCUCGUACAAAAUCUCUACUGGAACAGUCAAAUUCACAGUGAACUGAACUGAACUGGACACAUUUUACAAACGCAAGCUAUUGAACUGUAUUUUUCUUGUUUUCUUGUCCUUUCCAUUUGUGUAAAUAAAUAAAAAAUAAAGUCUUUUAAUUUUCCGAAUAUGAUGCUGAACACU